GUGAACGUCGGUUCGUUCACUCCUUCACUCCGCAGUUCACUCAGUCAGUGAGUUGUGCGCGCCUGUGACCCUCGUGUGUGGAUAUAAAUACAAAAAUGCUGUACCCUCUGAUCUUGCUGGCGACCAUGGCGCUUUGCAGCGGCGAUGUGUCACACUUGCAGUAUGAGCAUGAAUAUGGUCCGAGCACCGAACCCCCACCAUCCAGGCCGUAUGCCUUCGCGUACACUGCUGGCAGGUACCCAGGACACACGGACAGGCACCACGCUGAAGUUAGCGAUGGUAGUGGAGUUGUCAGAGGAACCUACUCCUACGUGGAUCCCCGCAACAAGGUCCGCAAAGUAGACUACGUGGCCGACAAGGGGGGCUUCCACCCCAUCCUAAACGACGCUCCACCAGAUCACCCCGCGGACACAGCCUCCGUGGCCCAAGCAAAGAACCGCCACUAUCAGCUGUAUGCGAAGAUCGCUCAGGAGCAUGCCUCAUACCCUCAUCCUGCCCCAGCCUCCGGACUCAGCCUCCGUGGCCAAAGCCAAGCGACAUACUCUCACCCUGCCUUGUCCGCAGCGUCCCCCCGCCAAUCAGCAGCCGUGGCCUCCGAAACGUUAAAGCACGCUGAACUGUUCCGAGUGAUCGCCGAGCAGCACGCAAGGAUUGCCGCUGAACGGGAAGAGCUUCAGAAUGAGGAGGAUAUUAGAUAUUAGACGACAUUAGAGAAGGAUAGUUAUAUUAAACAUUUUAGCAACUAUCAUCUCAUCAGCCGAUCGAUCAGACAUAGGCCUCUUACAAGAGACAACAAACUACACUUAUCCAACGGUUCCUCAAUAUUGUUCCCAAACAGCCUGACUUUUCUGGCUACGACCUACAGUUUGCGGUCGAUCAUAAAGAACCUUUGACCCGAACAGCUAUAAUUUCAUUAGCCGAUUGAUCAUGUGGGCUUCUUCUAAGACAAACGCCACCCUCAUUCAAACGGUUCCUCAAUUUUGCUCCCCAACAGCCUGACCUUCAAUUUGUGCAAUAGAAAAAGCUAUCUUUAAAUCGCCCACUAUUGUCAUAAUACUUUGAGGAGUAACUUUUGACAUAAAUACAGAUGAUCCUGUCUUGCUCGGAAAGUUUUCUUUGACUGCAUUUCCAUUGACCAUUUUUAAGUAGACAAUGCGACUUCCAGCCAAACUGAAGCCGAUCUCUCACUGUUAGACUCUUCCAAGAUUGGGGGAUUUUUACAACAAGUUUGACAUAGGCCUCAAUGUACUGUCAAAUAAUUUAAUUUCAGCACCACUUCGUACUUUGUCACAGUGACAAAUAUGAAAGUUGCUAUAGGGACCUCAUACUAUUGUCACUGUGACAAGAUACGAAAUGGUAGGUACUGAAUUUAAAUUUCUUGAUCGUAUUUGUUUAGAUUUACACAACAAGGAACCAGUUUUAUUCACGAUAUUGCUUUCUAUAAAAGCGGGAAUAGUCAGAUGGCAACUGUAUUCUGCGGCGCCCUGGUGCCUUUCGAAUAGCCUUAGCUAGGUUAGGGCGUGUGAAACGGUUCUCUGCCUUUUCGCCGAAAAUUGUAUUGCAGAAUUUCACUUGGCAACCAACUUUUCGCCAAAGUUUCAUUUGGGCGAAUUUCAUUUCCCAACCCAACCUAGUACGUCAUUUUCAUUUCGCAACUAUGGGGUUGGGAAAUGAAAUGGUUGGGAAAUAAUUAUUUGGUAACGAUUGGUUUGUCAAAUGAAACUUUGGCGAAAAGUUGGUUGACUAGUGAAAUUCGGCAAUACAAUUGUCGCCAAAAAGGGAGUACAGCGGGUGGAACAAUUUGGGAACCCCUGCCCUGUUACAAUCUUGGUUCUUUUUCAAAGUGAUAUGGAAUAUGGAGCCUGUCGUGUCCAACUGCUAGGGAAAGGCCUCCCCCAAUUAUACUUUUACAUUAUUAAAUACUUUUACAUUGAACCCAGUGAAAUACUCUUAAUAUUGCCUUAUUGCCAAAUCAAUAUAAUAUAUGUAGAUUAUGUUACGUCUAGUUUAUUUUUGUAUCUUUUGCAAGUUCUUAUCUCAUGAUUUUGGUACUACUUGCCAAAAUCAUAACGAGCGGCUGGUAUGAAAAAUCUGUCUUAUAUCAAAGUAAAGUAGUCAAAACUUCUCUUUGAUUUAACACAUAUUUUUUCAUUCAUUACUCAAGGAGAUAGGAGUUUGGCAGAAAAUUAUUAAUAAGAGAUUAUUGGAUAUUUUUCUAUUUUUAUACGACAUUGCCAUAUGAAAUGUGUAAAUGUUAAGGUAUGUAAAUAAAAACGAUAAUGAUGA